AUUAUAUAAAAUAGAGUUGGUGGAAAAGUUCUGGUUUCACUCGUGCUCCGCUCGCCAGAUUGAGUGGAUGGUGAACAUUAUUUGGUGUGGUUUUGUUAUCGGGCUUUCGAGUUAGAAUUAACCGGUGAAAAAGCACUAGCCAAAGUGACCAACAAACAAAUCGAAGUGGGAAUUUUGAUAAAUUUUUCAUCACAGUUUACGAAUAGCGGCUUUUUGCAAAGGAUUUUAUAAUUUCCUCCAAUACACACUUCAAAGCAUCCCCGCGUAGACGGCAAGUCUCUAGUAGAAUUCAACGUCAGUUUCAGCACAAACCUCAGUGUAAAAACCGCCUCACGUGCCGGUGGAAGUGAUAUCGUAUUAACAUUGAAAGUGUUGCAUAUUUUCGUGUGAUCUUAUUCCCAUCAUAUCAUAUCGUACGGGUCGGACCGGUGCCGUGACUAGCGUGACUCGCUUGCCGGUGGAAAAACUCUGAUACCCUCGCUCGCAAAGCGACGAACCGGCAGAGGGAAAAGAAGCAGAAAUAAGGACGGAAGGAACCCGAAAAAACAGUCUGCAACCGGCACAAUCUCCAGCAUCUCUACACAGCUCCGUUCACAAUGGCUGUCGAUGUAGUUUUCGGAAAGCUCGUCGCCUGUGCAGUGGUGGCCUCGUUGACGUUGUUCCAUCAACCCGCUUCAUGUGCUGCCUUAUCCGGCGAAAGUACCGUUGGUGGCGGUGGCGGCGGCGGUGGUAGUGGCAUGUCAUCAUCGUCGUCAUCAUCACUGUCGUCACAGCAAUUGGCCUCCAGUCCGACGUUUGGCAGCUUGUAUCGCGCCGCUAGGGACGAGUAUGGUCGGUACGGACGGGAUCAAAGGUGUGGUGGCUGUGGGGGUACUGGCUAUUCCGAUCGGGAAAUGCGUAUGUACGGCGGUGGUGGUGUUGGUGGUGGAAGACCACUUGGAGUUUACGGUUACUAUGGAGGCCACGGGUCGAUUUACGACGAUCGCAACUGGUACUACCGGCCGGAAGGGUACAACGAUCGGGCCAGCUAUCGGGAAGGAGAUGGGUACUACUCGAUGCGGCCGAACUAUAUGGGCAUGAUGAUGGGAUACGACGAUCGCUUCAUGAAGCGCAACGAUGACCGAUACUAUCCGAUGUCGACCCGGGAUUACUAUGACAACAGGGCAGGCGGAGGCGCACCAGGUUACUACCCGACCGAUAUGGGCAUGCGGAUGGGAGGCGGCGGCUACCCAGGCUACCGGGGUAAUGGUUACGAUAAUCUCGAUCCGCUAUUUGAACACUACAUGAUGCUUGCCCGUGGUGGCGGCCGACAAACUCCCGCUGGCACCAAUUACAAUCGCGAUCGCUAUUACGGAUCAUCCGGUGGAUACGGUGCUGGCUAUGAUGAUCGCAAUCGCGGUGGUUAUGGAUACGACAACAAGAACUUCCGGCCCUGGGACGAAACGUACAGAGGAACAUCCGGUUUUGAUAAUUCUGGACGUGGUUAUUAUUUUGCAAGCCGGCCCCCGAGUUCGGCACCAUCAUCUGCACCUGGCGCGCACCACCACCAACAGCAAUACCCCUCACAACCACAACCAUCAUCAUCCUCGUCCUCGCACUAUCACCAGCCCAGUCACGGCGGUUUCGGUUAUCCGGACAGUCCAACGGGAUCAGCAGGCGGAACGCACACUAGUCAACCAAUCGGAUUCCACCAUAGUAGCGGCGGUCGGGAUCGGCCAUGUUGCUCGGAGUGUUGCUCAUCGCAGGCCGGUGGUGGCCCAAGUCGAUACCCGUCGGGACCAACCGGAACUGGACCGGGUUACCAUCAGCAGCAACAACCUUCCUACCCGCCGUCGUCGUCUUCAUCGUCGUCGUCGUCAUCAUCAUCAUCAGGGCAGUUUGGUGGAGCCGUUGAUCGGCCUGAUCAUGGCCGACCGGGCUCCUGGAAUUACAUGAGUGGUGGUGGUGGCAGCCAGGACUAUCACCAUCAGGCUUCUUCGGCCGCCGGUGGGUCGUCCUAUCCGCAGGGCAACCAGAACUACGGCAAUCGGGGUGAAUACCAGCGGCCGGAGGGAGGCGAUCGGCAGCAAAACGCUGCCUAUAGUCCACGUCCCAGGCCCCCGACGGGUCUAGGCGCCACCAGCUACCUGCUGGAUCGGGAGAGUGGCAAUUCCGUGGGAGAGCUGCAUGGUGCCAUCGCUAGUGAACUGAAAGCUGCCCCCGCUUCCGUCCCCGCUAACGAUCGGUUUACCGAGAGUGGUAGUGCUAAUUCCAAUUCCUCCCACGACAACGCCAACGGAACAUCCGGGAAAACCACUGGUGAUAAAGCAGUCGAAAAACAUUGAACAAUGUAUUCUCAACGGCGGCGACGGCGGCGGACGGUCAGCCCUGACAAAUGAAAUUUUAAUCCUGGCGAAAUGAACAAUGGACUUGGUGAAAAAUGAAAUCAAGCAAAAACUUAGUGGCAAAUAAGGUUACGAUGAAGCGAGAAAAAAAAGUCGAAUAAAUUAAGAAGGAGAUGAUGCUUUUUUUGCUGAGAAUGAGACAUUAUUAAUAGGAAAGGAAAGCUAAAUUGCUACGACAGGGGCGUAACAGAACCAAAAAGUGUAUUCUUGCUUUCAAUUUUUUUUACUUUUAGCAUUAGGCAAAACAACCUAAAGUAUAAGUUAAAGUCUACAAUAUUGGUAAUAAGCUAGCUUAUACGAACCUUAGAAUCACUAAUAAAAAUCGAUGAGA